AUGGACAUUCCCGUAUAUAUUACGUCUGAUCUUACGUCAUCAGAAAGAAGAAUCUCGCCACAAUGGCUGGUGGAGUUUUUGUUGCAGAGGUUGGAGCAGAUCACAGGAAUCGACACCAAGCACCAGACUCUACACUACUACCCGAUCAAAAACUCAAACGAGUACAGUAUAGUGCACGAGGCAGGACAAGCAAGCAACAAGACAGUGGCCGAUUUGAAUGUGGCUUCCUAUUCAAGAAUUCACGUUAUUGACACAGACCCCCAUUCGACGCUAGCGGCUCUUCAAGACGACGAUGGGCACAGUUUCCAGCUCUCUGAGGAAGAGUACGCCAAAAGAGCCAACACGGUACUUCAGUGGAAGAAACAGAAUCUGUUGGGACGCUUUGAUCCGAAUUUUAACGAGCACCAGCGCCAGCUCAAGGAGCAAAAUGAAAAGCUUGAAGAAAACAUCCAAGUUGGUGCUCGUUGCAGAGUGAUAAACAUUGCCAGUGAAAGAAGAGGCCAAGUUAAGUUUGUAGGUCACAUCAAGGAACUUGACGAUGGAGAAAGUGUUUGGGUGGGCAUUGAGUUUGACGAGCCAGUGGGUAAGAACGAUGGACUGAUUGGCCUGCUUCGAGUGUUUGAGGCUAAGCCCAACCAUGGAAGCUUUGUCAGGCCGAAACAGGUUGAGGUUGGUGAUUUUCCGGAGCUUGAUCCCUUUGGAAGCGACGAAGAGGAGUUGUAA